AUGAACGCUCUUGCCAAAGUCCUCGCCUUUGCGGCCAUGGUAGCUGCCGCUCCCUCUGCGGAGAACCGUGGCCCUUCACCGUUCGAGGUCAAACUCGAGAUGCUUGGAAACUCGGAGAUCAAAGCCACCUUCACCAACAAGGGUAACAAUCGGUUGAAGAUUCUUAGGACCGGAAGUAUACUGGACACUUCGUCUGUGGAAAAGGCUAAAGUGUUCUCUGGCGAAACGCCAGUGCCCUUUCAGGGGGCACGCCUAAGGCUUGCUACGAAUGUGCUUGAUGACAGCGAUUUUCAGCGCAUUUCCCCCGGCGAAACAGUCGAAGUGACGUUUGACAUUGCCGAGACGCACGAUCUCUCGUCUGGCGGAAAGUUUGACGUCUUAGCCGACGGUUCCUUUGGCUUUGCAGACGAGAAGAGCAACAUUCUGAUCGGCUCUAUCCCCUACGUCUCCAAGCAUAUCGGUGCCGAAGUUGACGGUACCAUUGCUGCAGCCGUCCAUUCCGCGUUUCACGAGAAGCGGACCCGUGUGCAAAGCGACUGUCAAGGCCAGCAGCUCCAGGUUACCCAGACCGCACUACGCAACUGCGCGUCGAUUGCCCGCAAGGCUCAGCAGGCUGCUGCAUCUGGUCCCGCCGCCAAGUUGCAGGAGUACUUCAAGUCAUCCAGUCAGCAGGUCCGCAAUACCGUUUCGACCGUCUUCGGCCGCGUGGCUUCGGAGUGUGGCUCUACCAACAGUGGCGUCUCAACGUACCAUUGCCGGGACCCCUAUGGCAACUGCGGUGGCCGAGUCCUCGCGUAUACGAUCCCAUCGUACAGUGUGAUGGUGUACUGCCCGCUGUACUUCAACAAUCUGCCCGACCUCAGCAACACCUGCCAUGCUCAAGACAAAGCCAAUACGAACCUUCAUGAGUCUACACACCUGACUCAGAUCAAGGGUACUGAUGACUACGGCGGUUAUGGCUAUGACUUUGUUCGCAGCCUUACCCCGGCACAGAACCUGAAUCACGCCGACACGUACACUCUUUAUGCCCAGGCAAUCAAUGUAGGGUGCUAA